GAAUCACUGUUUAUUUAAAAAACACAUUUACAAUAAAUGAAUUAAUGAGACAGAGCGGAACCUUUGUCAGGUCACCGCAGCCACCCGGAAUGUUUUUGUCGCAGUACGCGAGAACGCGGAAGUGAAGCUCUGCUCCUGUGUUGAUGUCUCAUGUCUUCGUCUCUUUCCGGGUAAACCUGCGGACCUGAGGGAACCAUGGCGGUGAGCGCGGUUCACCUGGAGUCCGACGCCUUCCUGGUGUGCAUGAACCACGCGCUGAGCACGGAGAAGGAGGAGGUGAUGGGUCUGUGCAUCGGGGAGGUGGAGACCUCGCGGAUCGUCCACAUCCACUCCGUCAUCAUCCUCCGCCGCUCCGACAAGAGGAAGGACCGGGUGGAGAUCUCCCCGGAGCAGCUGUCCGCGGCCUCCACGGAGGCGGAGAGGCUGGCGGACAUGACGGGCAGGUCGAUGCGGGUGGUCGGCUGGUACCACUCCCACCCUCACAUCACCGUGUGGCCGUCCCACGUCGACGUGCGCACCCAGGCCAUGUACCAGAUGCUGGACCAGUGCUUCGUGGGCCUCAUCUUCUCCUGCUUCAUCGAGGACAAGAACACCAAGACGGGCCGGGUGCUGUACACCUGCUUCCAGUCCGUGCAGGCGCAGAAGGGCUCCGAGUACGAGCGCGUGGAGAUCCCCAUCCACGUCGUGCCCCGCGAGGCCAUCGGCAAAGUGUGCCUGGAGUCGGCCGUGGAGCUGCCGCGGAUCCUGUGCCAGGAGGAGCAGGACACGUACCGCAAGAUCCACAGCCUGGCGCACCUGGACCCCGUCACCAAGAUCCACAACGGCUCCGUGUUCACCAAGAACCUGUGCAGCCAGAUGUCGGCGGUGAGCGGGCCGCUGCUGCAGUGGCUGGAGGACCGGCUGGAGCAAAACAAGCAGAGCAUCGUGGAGCUGCAGCGGGAGAAGGAGACGCUGCUGCAGGAGCUGGCUGCUCUGUGAACCCGGUGGACAGGGUGGAGGAGGACAGACUGGAAGAUGGAGAGAGGAAAGACUGGGGGGUGGAGGGGGACAGACUGGGGGGUGGAGAGAGGAAAGACUGGGGGGUGGAGGGAGGACAGACUGGGCAAAGACAACGUACUUUCUGCAACUUAUUUUAUAUAACUUAUAUAAUUCAAACAUUUAGUUUCAAAAAGGAGCUUGUUGUGAAUCUGUCUUUUGUUUGGUGUCAGUUACUUAAAUAGUUGUAACUGGAUUAUUUUCAGUUCAUGGAUCAGUUUCGUUGUUCCACAGAUUCAUAGUUUUGUUAAUUCUGUUUGGGUCUCGAUGUUAAAGAAAGUGAUAAAACAACCUUUGUCCCGAUCGAUGACACAUUUGAAUAAAUUCUGUCUUGACCGAGGUCCCGUCUCUCCUCCAACUUGUAAAUCUGUCCAACACUUUGUGUGUCAUCCUGCCAACAAACAAACUAAUGAACACAGAUGAAGGUAAAAUGCAUUAAGCAUCUAAUUGAACCUCCCCUUUGACGGACAAAGAUAAAAUGUGCCUUCAGACGAGUUCAAGUGUUACUGUGGAUACUGUAAGAUGUUUAUGAAGAUUAUGGGAUGUAAAGCACAUACUCGAUGCUAUUGGAUUCUAAUAAUUGUUUUGCUCUCGUCACAGAUUUACAAAUUCUGAUGUGUGAUGUUUUCUUCCUCCAACUAUAAAAUAAAUCUUUUUCUUAUUUA